AUGAGCUCGAAGCACCACCCCCCGCCCGGCCCCGACAUCCCGCCAGACACCCUGGCCCAGGCUGCCGCCUACGACUACGAGGAGUUCGAGGAGGACCAGGCCGCUGCCGCGGCGGAAGCCGCCGCGGCGGCCGCCAACGCGGCGGCGGAGAAGGCCGGGGAGGCGGUGGGCGGCAUGCGAUCCACAGGCGCCGCGCUGGGCGAGACUGCUGCAGCUGCCGCUGCCCGCGCCGCAGAGGCCAAGGAGGCUGUGGCCCACACUGCCACUGACCUGGGCGCAUCCACCACAGGGGCCGCGAGAGACGCGGGCCACCGCCUGGAGUCUGCGGCAGAGGAGGCCGCAGCCCGCGCGUCUGCCGCCGCCGAGGCCGCCCAGACCAAGGUGCACGAUGCGCAGGUGGAUGCUGGCGGCUGGAGCUGGGAGGGCGCCAAGGGCUGGGCACACGCCGAGUGGGAGGACUGGCGCCAGCGCCCACAGCAGUGGCUGGAGGGCGCCGAGCAGGCCGCAGAGGAGUGGCGGGAGCGGCUCAGCUGGGAGGGCUUCCAGGCGUGGCAGGAGCGGCACUGGCAGGCGUUUGAGGAGCGGCAGCGGCGGCGCCUGGCAGCAAUGACCGAGGAGCAGCGGAAGUGGUGGCGGGCCUGGGAGGAGCGGCAGCGGCAGCGCCUGGGGGAGCUCACGGAGGAGGGGGAGGCGGUGGUGCGGCGGGAGGUGGGGGCCUUUGAGGAGCGGCAGCAGCGCUACUGGGCGGCCCACCACCCUGAGGCGCAGCAGGCGCAGCGGGGCGGCACGCCCACCUGCCCCAGCUGCCGCCUCUCAUUCCUCAUGCUGCCCCUGCUCCCAAACAUUCGCGAGAGCAUGGAGCGCUUCGGCCGCAGGACAAAGCUGGGCAUCGUGGGCGAGAUGCGAGAGACGGGCAGCAAGCUGGCCGGCGGGCUGCAGGCGGCUGGCGAGGCGUUGGGGGUGACGGGCGGCGGCAAGAAGGGAGAUUGA